UUAUAGUUUGAACAGUUCAGAAAUUAACAGCAAAAAAAGCCCUAUCUCAUUCUAAAGGAGGCUGUGAUAUUCUUUGCAACAAUUCCGAAGGCUCUCUACAGCAUUCAAAGAUUUAUAUCCUACCCUUCCUCCCAGUAGGAGCCCAGGGCAGCAUUUUUGCGGUUCAUCAAAAUGAAAAAUUGGAGUUUAUUUCAGUUGUUUCUUCUAAAGGUAUUGAUAGCAGGCUCUGCUGGCUUGCAGACUUUAGAGAGUUGUUUUCAAGAGCAACUGCGACUCCAGGCUCAUGUGAGACUGCUGGAGCACAGUGUGAAGCAGCAACAAGCCAAAAUCGUGCACCUCUUAAUGGAGAAGGACAUACAGAACAGAGAUAAAGGAAGUGAAAACAGUGUCAUUGAUCUGGGAGAAGAAAGAGAGUAUAAAGACUGUGCCGAGAUCUAUAAUGCUGGACACGCACAGAGUGGAUUUUACAAGAUGAAACCUCUUGGAAGUCCAAAUGGAUUCUCUGCCUAUUGUGACAUGUCUGAUGGAGGAGGAUGGACAGUCUUUCAGAAGCGGUCAGAUGGGAGUCAAAACUUUGAUAGAGACUGGGCUGAGUAUGAACAAGGUUUUGGCGAUUUUGCUUCACCAGAUGGUGAAUACUGGCUUGGAAAUAAAAAUCUCCACUAUUUGACAUCUCAGGGGAAUUACACCUUAAAAAUUGAUCUGACUGAUUUUGCGAAUGAACAGCGUUUUGCACGGUAUGAAAAUUUCCGAGUUGCGGAUGAGCAGAGUUCUUACAAGAUGAAUUGUGGACAAUACUCUGGGACAGCAGGAGACUCCCUCACUGGGGGGUUUCACCCUGAAGUUAAAUGGUGGGCAAACCACCAAGGAAUGAAAUUCAGUACAAAAGACAGAGAUAAUGACAAUUAUGAAAUGAACUGUGCUGAAGAAGAUAAAGCUGGUUGGUGGUUUAACAGAUGUCACUCUGCCAACCUGAAUGGCCUGUACUACAAUGGACCCUACUCGGCAGCGACAGACAAUGGGAUUGUGUGGUACACGUGGCAUGGAUGGUGGUAUUCUUUGAAGUCUGUUGUCAUGAAAGUUAGCCCAUCAGACUUUAGUCCUAAUGACGUUUAAGCUUGUUCUUGCGCUUGUCAUUUUAAACAAGCCAGUCUGAAUUGUAUUGUAACAUUUGUUUUCUUCAUUUAUCUCUGUACAAAUUAUGAAAGACUCUGCUGUGUACAGCAGCUGCAGUCCAACACAGGAUGAAGUGCUUAUAGGCUUAAGCGUGCAUAGCUCUUUGUCAAGGCAAAUAGGCUUUACACAGACCAAUAAGAAUUCAGCCCAAAAUUGACAGUGUGGAUGUAUGAAUUUCAAGAUUAGGGCCACAGUUAUGCCCUUUAUUCCAACAGAUAAAAUAGACAAUUUUCGUGGUAGAUUCA